AUGCAUUGUGUAUGCGUAUGUUUAUGCGAUAAAUGUGAUAUUUCUUUGGAGGAGGAGUCUAGGUUAGGUAAGGGUAAUUCCAAAUUAUCAAAAUCCAACUCAAAAGAGGUAACCAUAACCAACGUCGAGAGAGAAACUUCUGGAAUAUUCAAAUGUGAGGUUACUGCGGAUGCGCCACUCUUCCACACCGAUAUGCAAACUGCACGUUUGAUUGUCGCAGAUGUUCCUGAAGAUGUACCCGUCCUGAAAUUGGAAACGCCGAAGGUAGCUCUAGGUAGCAAAAUUCGAGCUAACUGUACAACGCCUGGGUCGUAUCCAGCCAUGAAUAUCACGUGGUCUUUGAAUGAUUUGGAUGUGCCCGACUUCCCAGACGUCCACAUACAUAACUCAGUCAUCCAUUUCGACGCCCUUCCAGGGCUGGAAACGUCACAAUCAACACUCUCACUGAAAGCCACCCGCGACCUAUUCAAGAAUGGUAAACUGAAGCUCCGUUGUUCAGCUUCAAUGUUUACUUUGUACACUUCAUCGAUACAAACAGAGAUACAAGAAGACGCUCCCCAAUUGGCUCUCAUAAUGGUUCCAUCUACUGCGGCUAGUGAAGGUGUGAGCAUUUCACCAAGAUACGUUCUAUCGUUUCUUCAAAUGGUUGUCAUCUUUUUGCUGUUUCAACACAAACCCGGAUAGAUUCUACCCCAAACCACCUACAAGAGUACGGUUUUUAAAGAACUUUGUGAUUCAGUAACACAUCAAAAAAGACCUACAGUGAAAGUGAGUUACGAAUCUAACUUAUCGAACUUGGCUUCUUGUUGAAUAAUUGUGAUAAAUGUUUGAAUAUCAGAAAACAGUCCAAAUAUUGUGCAAUAAAGUAGCUUAAGACAUUCAAAAGUUGAGAGUGUUUCUCGAAUAUUAGGUGUUAUUUUAUAUUUUGAACACCUGAAAUGUUUUACAAGGUUGUAUUUUACAGAUCAGUUUCCAUUGGAUUUUUCAACAAAUGACUUUAUUCAUUGGAAAUAUUUUUGAGGAAGCGACUUCGGAUCAAUUGACAAUAACUGAAUGAUAUCAAAAAGAACGCAUAUUUGAUGGUGAAUUGUAUUUUCAUCUGAAAAAGUGAUUUGGUGGAAAAUGUGUAUUUUAUCAGAAAAUUGGAGAAUUCCUCUAAUAAUUAUUAUACAAUCAUAGUUUAUUUAUCCCUUCAUUGUUGUAGACAUCUUGUAAAUCCAUUUUCUGUGAAUAAAUCCUAUUUCCCAAUUGAA